AUGCCAGCAUCCCAGCUGGCCCCAACUUCGCUGGGCCAUGUCGCCGUGACUCGUGGCAGCCAGGCGGCUGUCAUGGCGCGGUUCGAGCGUUUGGCGGGCAAGGCGUGGCUCACCCGCAAGCUGUCUGUGCUUUUGCCUAUCGACGCCUUGCCCAAGGCAGAGAUGGAUGAGCUAGUGUCGGCCUUGCAGCUGCAGCGUCGCUGCUACGUCCUGGAAAAUGUUCCCUUGGAGAUGCUGGGGCACCCGCUUUUUGUCAAAGCGGCCUCGGAGUGGAGGAUCUGUGGCCUGAGUGUGGGUUCACGAGGCCUUGGCGGAGACAGCAGCCUUGCGCUGCUGGGCCCAUGCGGUCGCCUGGCGGCUGCCCUCACAGCGCCGAGCUUCCAACGACUAGGGCUCGAGGAGCCAUUGCCAGGUGCUGCAGAGCUGGAGAAAAAGCAGCUGGCUCCAGGCCAGCGGCACGUCGUGGUGGACCUACCCAUCUCCAAGACGCGGAUAAGGAAAGCAGCGAAAGCGAAGGAACCAGCGACCAGCAGGUGGCAGUCCUUGGUGGCGCCUUUGGGCGAAACCAUCUCCUUCCGUGCUUACUGCGACCAGGAGAUGGAGCCACCUUACGACUUUGCUCCCUUGCAGUCUGCAUCCUCCUCCAUACAGCAUCAUAAGGUACCAGUUCAACAUCGCGUCCUGCAUAUUGGACAAUCCACUGGCAGGCCUCCGUUUGAGCGCUUGGUGUUGGAACCCUGGCGCUGGGCGGAUUCUUCCCAAGGGCAUGCUGCGAAACAUGUCCCGCGCUUCUCCCCAUCCUACGGCCAAGCAUGUGAAGAUCUCCUUGAUUGGUUGGGUGGUUUGCACCUCGGCCUCGGUGUCUCAGAGGGAGAUCUUUGGCAGGAGCAGCAAUCUGGGUUGGGUAACGAGGUACUUUUAUGGACGAUGGGCGAGAGCUUGCUGGGACCUUCCCAAAUACGGCAUACUUUACAAGUUUGCCAGGCAGCCUUUGCCAAGCACGCAGACUGGUUCCUGCUAUCGAUGUGGGGAUCGGAGGAUGCGCCAAUCUCCCAUCAUGGUGGAGCACAUGGCUUCGACUACAACGGAGCACAUCACGCUCACCUCUUGUGCGUGCGCGGCAGAGGUGCUUCCAGCGGUGAAGAACGAGAGGGCCCGCAAGGCUUGCUCAUCGAGGGCGUGAAUGCCCUGGAUUCUGCGGCCUAA